AGUCGGUACCAAGGGACGAAGAAGACACAUCCAAAGAGACUUGACAAAAGUCACUCAAUCAAUUUUCACCAAAACUUUCCAAUCACAUUUCAAGUUUCACCUGUUUUCCAUCAGUUGAACGUUUUGCUUGAUCGGGUUCGGUACGAGUUGUUGUGUUCCCUGAACCUUCGUAUUUUGCGGGGGCUUUAGUCGGUAUUGCGCGAGAUCACUCAUUUGAAUGUGAUCGGUACGAAAUUCAAAAAUCGGUAUUGACAUAUCCUCCAUGAUUCUCCACGACACAGUGAAAUAAUGUUAUCAGUGGAUGUGAUAAAAUUAUCUGACAAGAGAAGGAAUCCAAUGGAAACGUCGACGUGACAUCUUAGUUGAGUGAAGUUGUGAAGACACAUCUUAAUUAAUGGUUAGGGUGGUUCAAGCCGAUGUUCAAACAUCGUUCUGGUUAUGCAGUUGAAAUAUUUAUCAUCAGAUUGCCGGAGUGUGUCUGUUGAUUGUGAGAAAACACCGGAGAUAAUGGAUAAUCGCACUACGCCCAAUCCAUCAACACUUCACAAUCGAAGUUUUCUUCAUCGCAAUGGUAUAAUCGGUGUGAGGGACUGUGAAUUGGAGGGUUUGGCCUUGAAACGCAAGAGUCUGCCGCUGCAAUUGAUUCCAACUGACAUUGUCACCAUCGAAAAUGGAACGCUCAGUGUCAACGAUGUGUCAAUCACACCGAUCGUCAGCAAUUCCUCGGAACAAUUGAAUUUCAAGGUAUCUGAUGCAGAAGCGUCGAAUAACGAUAUAAAUAGCUCAGCAAAAGUGAUUGAGGAGAGGAGAGACAGUGGAAAUGGAGAGGCCAGUAAACAACAAGUAGCAGCGAUAGCUUCAGCAAAGUCUCUCAAGAAUCUCGCGAGGAAUAAAGAGGACGUUGACACAACAGUUUUGUGGGAAAAACCAAAUUCUAUUGAGAUUGCCGAGGAUAUAUGUCAAAAGAACUUGGUUGAAAAGAGCAUUGCAGAUUCAAAUAACACCGAGGCAUUACCGAGUACAAAAGUACAUUUCAAGGUAAAACCAAAGUGGGGAUUUACAAGAACUGUUAUGCGGUACGUGCCAAACAGAGCAAAAAGGUUUAAAAAAAUGAGUAAAACGCGACAGCGAAUAAUCGAAACGAGGGAUGAGAAUGGCUUGUCCGGAAAAGUAUCACAGCCGACGAAUUUCGUUUAUCUCGCGGGUACCGCACGCUGGGCAUGGCUGAAGGAUGCACCUUUCAAUUCGCAUUCCGGGUCUGUUAUAACUCACGAGGAAAAAUUCGCGAGAUUGCCGAUGGUCGGGGAGGAGGAUGAGGCGAGCAAAAAAAUAUCUAGAAUUAAUUUUGAUGAUAAAACAGAAACGACGACGAUCAACGAUGAUAAUUGCACGAGACCACGUGCCAAUUCCAGCUUCUUGUGGAGUAAUUUAUCGAAGAGGUCCGUUGAACUGAACCUCGAGAAUGACGAUCAAGAGAAUUACGACGAUGUGGGAGUAUCCACUGUUGCUCAUAAUGAUUCGGAGGAUGUGUAUGACGACGUCGGGCCACCCAUGGCAUCCGUCGACGUAUCUCCUUCCGGUGUCAAUUAUGACGAUGACGAUCAGGUUUACGAUGAUAUCAUGCCACCGAGUUCAGUCAGUGGGAUUAACGGUGAGGAUCAGCCUGGAUUUCGGGGUGAGAUAGACAGUGUGGGGAGUUGUCCAGUGAUUUCGAAUCAAAGCAUCUCUAAUAAGAAGGAGGACCCUGAGGAGGACUUAAUCUACAUGAGAAAUGACUAUUCAUCGGUUGAGGGGGAUGCCGAUGACGAAGACACACUAUACGAUGAUGUCGGGGUGAAUUGCCAGUCGCGUGUCAACAGCCUCUACGCUGGAUCAACUAUUGUCUCACACAUUGAAUCGAGUUAUGGAAAGGAAUCUGAGUGGGAGGAUCUGGACGAAGCAUUGUCUGUAGUUGUGUUGACGAACAAUCAAGAGGGCCAAUCGACUCCUUCAAAAAAGAAAUCAGGCAAAUGGACGAAAAAAGUGAGACGACAAAGAUCAAAGGCGUUGCGUAAAAAUUCAUCACGGACAUCGAGCCAAACAAUUCGAGUCUCCCAAGAAUCCCUCGUCUCUGAUACAGCAUCUGAUGACUCGAAUUACGAGACCCUGUGCUCAGAGCCAAGUGAUUCGAUAAAUGGCGUUGAAACGAGUAUUGAAAAUUUAAUGGACAUUCCCACAAUUCAACAAGCACCAUCGAGACCUGUUCCACCUCCACCGAGAGAGUCCAGUCUCACUGAGACAUUUGGCAAACGCAUAAAAAUGUUGAGGAGAACGUGGAGCAUUACGAAAGGUAGUAUUGGACGGAUGAGACGAAAAACCUCGACAUCAACUGAUACCCCGGAUUCUAACGUCGAUGACAGUGGAUUAAAGUCGUCGGGCUGUGACAAUUGUCAGGGCGACUCGAGAAAGUCGAGUCAGACGUUCAAUUUGAGAAAGCAUUUUCAGAGGAAUGUUUCUUCACAUUCAACAUUUUAUCUCGAUAAUGAUAAUGAAAUUAAGGGAAAAAAUAAUAAUGGGAGCGUUGAUGAAAUUUAUGGUAAUGCCAAUUGGAUGAGUGACUCGGACUCGUGGAGGCCGGAUCCAUCUUCAGCGCCGAGGGCAAUGAUUGAUAAUGCCGAUGAUUAUAACAUGCUAGCUGAGGAGCCGCUGUAUCAAUUCUAUGCAGCUGCCACUGUCAGAGGGGCUUUUCAGUCUGAUUCCGAUAGCAAUUACGGUGAGGACGACAGCAGCUCGAUAUCUUCGCCCUCGACUUUUCAACUGGGGAGACCUGGGCAUAGAACGCUGUGGUGUGAGACUCCUCAGGUCAAAAAUACUCAGCUUCUCGAAAAACUGACCGCAGACGAAAAAAAGCUGCAGGAAUCUAAAUUCGAGAUUCUCACAUCCGAAGCCUCCUACCUAAACUCCCUCCGAGUCCUCGUUAACGAGUUCCUUAUAAAUCACGAGUUAGUUUACGAGUCCCUCUCUGUCUCUGAUCGUGAGAAACUCUUUGGCAAAGUACCGAGCGUACUAAUCGCCUCGGAGAGAUUCCUCGCGGAGUUGGAAAGCACCUGGCGGCAGGAUCCAAUGCUGGGCGGUCUACCGAACGUGCUGCUCCAGCACGCUGAGAGAUGUUCCAAAAUUUAUAUUGACUACUGCUCGAACCAGGUCAGCAUAGACUCAACAUUGAAGGAAUUGAAAUCGAAAAAGAGUAAAUUCUUGGAAACGGUCACCAGAAUUGAGGCACAUCCAGCCUGUCAGUGCCUCUCGUUGCACUCAUUUCUCAUGCUCCCGAUGCAGAGGGUCACUAGACUGCCUCUCUUAGCAGACGCUGUCCUAUCGAAACUAUCUACUGAUCACCAAGAGAGAUUGGAUUGGGAGAAAGUGGUAUCAGUGCUCGGUGGAGUCGUCACAGAAUGCAACGAGGGGGCGAGAACGGCUGGGAGGCAGAUUGAAAUGGAGACGCUGGCCAGGAAACUUGUUUAUUCAACCAAGGUGUCUCCCGUCGACCUUCGAGGGAGAUAUCUCGUAAGAAGUGGUCCUGUCACACAGAUAAUGGCGAAAGCUGGUAGUGAGUAUGUCCUCACCUUCAGGAAAAAAUACCAAAAGACUCCUCUGUACCUUCUCCUUUUCACUGACUACAUCCUAGUGGCUAAAGCUAAAUCCAGUGCCGGUCAGGAGGAGACCUAUACUGUCAUAGAUGCUUGCAAGAGGAAUCUUGUGGAGCUUGAGAAGGUCCCUGAGGAUUCUCCAUUCGCCGGUAGGCAUGCUAUGCUUCUCACUCUCCUGGAAAAUCAUAAUAACAGGCAUGUCGAGUAUGUUCUCUCCUGUCAGAAUGAUACUGAGAGGGAGAGGUGGUUGGAUGCCGUGUCCCCGCCAGUCUCUAGUUCUGUUGGAGAAACUCUUUAUGAAUCCUGGGAUUGCCCACAGGUUAUGGCAUUGUACUCUUAUGCACCCAUUCAGCCCGAUGAAUUGUCUCUACAACCUGGGGAUGUUAUUAAUGUCGUCAGGAAAAUGGCGGACGGGUGGAAUCAUGGGGAAAAACUCGUUGGAGGCGAGCAGGGAUGGUUCCCGGGGAAUUUUGUCAAGGAAGUCGCUUCCGAGCAUAUCAGAGCGAGGAAUCUGAGGCAACGACAUAGACUGUUAGCACUCAGUGAGUGCCUGCUGCAGCAGAAGGCUAAACAACCGAAUAAUACCAACCGGUAGAGGGGAAAAAGUUUGAGCAUUUCUCCUCGAAUCAUUUGUUAAUUAAAUAAAUGUAUCAUCAAUUGGAAUAUUGGGGAAUUGAUGAAAAAAAACAUAUAUAUUGAAUAUAAAUUCGUAUAUUGAUUCUCCGAAGAAUUCAAAAAAUUGUAUAUACAUGUGUUGCUAUAAAAUAGGAAUGUUUGUAUCUGUUUAAUAAAUCCAUGUUUAUGAAAAUAUUUUUUUCGAUUCCAUUAUGCUCAAUGAAAUAAAACGAAAUGAUCUGGAAAACGAGAAUUAUACAGUAUUCA